GGGAUUGUGGAAGACGUAUUGGUGAAAGUCGAGGGGUUUAUCUUCCCGGCUGAUUUUGUGGUCCUUGACAUGGAGGAGGAUAAGGAGGUUCCACUAAUUUUGGGUCGUCCGUUUCUUGCAACCGGGGGAGCGUUGAUUGAUGUGAAGAAUGGCGAGCUUACUCUCCGAGUUGAUGAAGAGAACAUCACAUUUUCCAUAUAUCAAGCGAUGAAGAAUAAUAAUGAGGAUGGUGAGAUCGAAGAAUGUAAAGUGAUUGAAGUUGUCGAGGCUUCCUUCGACAAUGACAUGAUUACUUCUUC